GUAUAUUGUAGGAACUGCUAACCAAUAAAAAGUACGAAUCGACCCCUUCAAACAUUGCAUCCAUCACCCACUCGUUGAACACAAUCAAAUUCCUUAACCCCUAAGUUGAAAACCAACCCAUUCGAUCGUCCCUCAUUUUCUUCUUCAGCUGUAUCCCUCCCUUUUCGUUGUUCCUCCUCCCUCGCUUCUUUUGACAUUUCAAUCCCCUCAUCCACCAACCUGCUUCCUUUGGUAAGUCAUAGCGAUGACGAACGAAUUUUAUCUAUUCAUUAUGUUCUCUUCUCUUAUUCCAUGUGCGCUAUAUUAUUGUUUCCUAUUUUCGAAAGAGUGAUGAAAAAAUUUACUUUGGACCAUACCAAUAUGACUAAACAUGAAUAAGAAAAAGAAGAACUAACAACUAUCUCAGUUCUUAAUAACAUAUGUUUUUCCGAGCAACUUUGAUCUAUCUGACUCCCACAAAAGUUAAAUUUCAUAUAGUGUGAAACUGGAUCUGGAAAUAUUCCUUGUAUAGGGAUUACUUUGGUAACUCUGCACAAUGUAAGGACUGAAAUAAUUACCGGGAAAAAGAAUAGUUUCAGACUCGAAAACAGAGAGAGAUAGAGAGAGGGAAGUUACAUCAAUCCUUCCAUGAUCUUUCAUUCUCUCCCAACCAGUACGCAGCACUGUCUCUAGCCUCAUCAAUGCUAUGUCCACAGCUCAUUCUUCUCUUCUUCCACCUGCGUCUCCUUCAUACCGAGAUUCUAGGCUCUCCUCCUUCCACAUCAUCAUCAUUUCUUCUUCUUCUUCUUCUUCGUAUCUGAACCUGGUCCAGGUAUGCUUUCUCUGUACUCUCUGCUUCAAGUGUUGGUGUAUUAAGCACUGUGAACUAUAAACUUCAACUGCUGCGGAUGUUUGCGAGAGUUGGAAAAUGAAACUUCCGGCGGCGAUGCUUGAUCGCGCGCGUCUUGAUCUCUUCUGUUCUUAAAACGAUUUCACACUCCGGCGAGGCUCCCUUCUCAUUUGCUGCUGCUGUUCGAGAACUUGCGCUUGUAGCGGGGGAGUGAUUGAACGGGAGAAUUCUUAGUGUUCCGCCAGUUGGAUUGGUUAGAAUGCUUGAGUUUGUUGAAUUGCUAUGUCUUCGUUCACGGUGCUGCUCCCUGGAGUGAUUAGGGUUUGAGGAUCGCGAUUUGAUGUUCUUCUUUUUCAGUUUGUGAGUUGUGGAGGUUGGAUUUUCGUAGGAUCCUGAGUUGUUAGGUUAUUUGAAUUUUGAAAGCAGAUAAUGCUGUUUUUGUUGAAGUGUAGUUUUACUCAAUUAGCUACUGCUUAUGAUUGAAGUGUGACAGCAAGUAGAAUCUGCAGGUUAAUCUUGCAGUCAUUCCUGGCCUUGAUUGCUAUAACUAAGGGUACGGAGACAUGACCAUGAAUGAGCGGAAGAUGAUCGACUUAGAACAAGGAUGGGAGUUUAUGCAAAAGGGGAUCACUAAACUGAAGAACAUCCUGGAAGGACUACCGGAGCCACAGUUCAGCUCCGAGGACUACAUGAUGCUGUACACAACCAUCUACAACAUGUGCACUCAGAAGCCUCCUCAUGAUUACUCUCAGCAGUUGUAUGACAAGUACCGGGAGGCCUUUGAAGACUACAUUACGUCAAUGGUAUUACCAUCCUUGAGGGAGAAGCAUGAUGAAUUCAUGUUGAGGGAGCUUGUGAAGAGAUGGACAAACCAUAAAGUCAUGGUUAGAUGGCUUUCUCGUUUCUUUCAUUACCUUGAUCGGUACUUCAUCGCCCGGAGGUCACUUUCUCCGCUUAAUGAAGUUGGACUUACUUGCUUCCGCAACCUAGUGUACCUAGAAUUGAAUGGGAAAGUGAGAGAUGCUGUAAUUUCUUUGAUUGACCAAGAGCGCGAGGGAGAACAAAUUGACCGAGCUUUGUUAAAAAAUAUUUUGGAUAUUUUUGUUGAAAUUGGUAUGGGACAAAUGGAUUACUAUGAAAAUGACUUCGAAGAUGCUAUGCUCAAAGAUACAGCUGCUUAUUAUUCUCGCAAGGCUUCAAACUGGAUCCUAGAAGAUUCCUGUCCAGAUUACAUGUUAAAAGCUGAGGAGUGUCUGAAAAGGGAGAAAGAGAGGGUCUCUCAUUACCUGCAUUCCAGUAGUGAGCCCAAGUUGUUGGAGAAAGUCCAAAAUGAACUGCUUACUGUUUAUGGAAACCAACUCCUCGAGAAAGAACAUUCAGGAUGCCAUGCAUUGCUCAGGGAUGACAAGGUUAAUGAUUUAUCAAGAAUGUUCAGGCUCUUUUCGAAAAUACCUCGUGGCUUAGAACCUGUUUCUAGUAUAUUCAAACAGCAUGUUACUGGUGAAGGUACAGCUUUGGUAAAACAGGCUGAAGAUGCUGCAAGCAACAAGAAGGCAGAGAAAAAGGAUGUGGUUGGUUUGCAAGAGCAGGUUUUUGUUAGGAAGGUGAUUGAGCUGCAUGACAAGUAUCUGGCUUAUGUCAAUGAUUGCUUCCAGAACCACACUCUUUUCCACAAGGCUCUGAAAGAAGCUUUUGAGAUCUUCUGCAACAAGGGCGUUUCUGGUAGUUCAAGUGCAGAGUUAUUAGCCACUUUUUGUGACAAUAUUCUUAAGAAAGGAGGAAGCGAGAAACUCAGUGAUGAAGCUAUUGAGGAAACUUUGGAAAAGGUGGUGAAGCUUCUUGCUUAUAUAAGUGACAAAGACUUAUUUGCUGAGUUUUAUAGGAAAAAGCUUGCCCGCCGGCUUCUUUUUGAUAAGAGUGCCAAUGAUGACCAUGAGAGAAGUAUCCUGACAAAGUUAAAGCAGCAAUGUGGUGGUCAGUUUACUUCCAAGAUGGAGGGAAUGGUGACAGAUUUGACACUGGCAAGAGAGAACCAGACUAGUUUUGAGGAGUAUCUGGGCAAUAAUGCCAAUGCAAAUCCAGGCAUCGACCUGACGGUCACAGUCUUGACAACUGGGUUCUGGCCAAGUUACAAGUCCUUUGACUUGAACCUUCCAGUAGAGAUGGUAAAAUGUGUUGAGGUUUUUCGAGAAUUUUAUCAAACAAAGACAAAGCACAGAAAAAUUACUUGGAUAUACUCUCUCGGGACCUGCAACCUCAUUGGGAAAUUCGAACCAAAAACCAUGGAGCUCAUAGUGACCACAUAUCAGGCAUCUGCAUUGCUGCUCUUCAACACUGCAGAUAGACUGAGUUACUCGGAGAUCAUGGCCCAAUUGAAUCUGACCGAUGAUGAUGUCGUCAGAUUGCUCCAUUCUUUGUCCUGUGCGAAAUACAAGAUUCUAAUCAAAGAUCCAAACACAAAAACCAUCUCUCCUACUGAUAGCUUCGAAUUCAACACGAAGUUUACAGACAAAAUGAGGAGGAUAAAGAUCCCCCUCCCGCCAGUGGAUGAGAAGAAGAAAGUCAUAGAAGACGUCGAUAAGGACAGACGGUACGCCAUUGAUGCUUCCAUCGUGCGUAUCAUGAAGAGUCGUAAAACUUUGUGUCACCAGCCGUUGGUAAUGGAAUGUGUUGCACAGUUGGGCCGCAUGUUCAAGCCUGAUAUCAAAGCAAUCAAGAAGCGGAUCGAAGACCUGAUCAGUCGGGACUAUCUCGAGAGGGACAGAGACAACCCCAAUUUGUUCAGAUACCUGGCAUAAAUUAGCCACAUUCCUGAUCGAAUCAAUCAAAUGGCGACAAUGGUAGGUCGAACACGCACAAAAAACAGGCGACUCGUACAUGAGUGCUGAGGAAAAUGAGAAUCAUGUACAAAUGACAAAUCAAGCCGAACCUUCCUCUGUGUGAUUGCUCGGAGCCCGGAUAGCCUGAGAGGUCGCUCGUUUCUUGUAAAUUAAUCCUUGCGAGAGCCUGAUUGUAAAGAAGUCCCUAUAAUGUGCAUCCCCGUGAUCCAAAUGGUUGUAAUUGAUUCAGCCAUCGACGAGGUUGAACUCACCUUAUCGUGCUUGGGUUGCUGGCUCUCGGCUGAAGAUGACGAUGAAAUGAACGUAAUUAGAUGUGUACUUAACGUGUGCAGUUGUGAUUUAGUUCCACGAUUAAGAGGAGUAUCCAAGAGGCAAAUCUUGCUUUGCCUUUGGGACUCGCAAAUCGGGACAUUAAUGGAACUGUUUAUGUUGCUUUCUCCAUUUGUGCAUCUUUUCUGUUCUCCUGAAGCUAUUCUUUGAUGUGAUGAACGGUGUUGAGUAUAUUCUUUGGGUUACAUGCCUACUGCCAAACCAUACAUAUUAUAUGAGACUGUUUGAUCUCUUUGCGAGAACCCAAGUAGGCGGCUUUGUUGGUAGGGUUGUUAAACGGAGUUGUUAAAAUAAUUCCAAACUUGAGCUCGGCUUGUGCUCGACACGAGUUUUUAAUAGGUAAGCUCGCGCUCGCCUCGUCAGAUGAGUUUAACGAGUAAAAAUCGAGUUCAGCUGAUAAAAUGUCGAUUAUCGAACGAGCUUUUUUUCGAGUCGGACGCUGUGAGCUAUUUAGUUCAUGAACAACCCUAUUUGCUGGCAAUAAGGUAGAGGAAAGGAAACGAGGAAUCAAUGCAUAGAAUGUGAGUUUUUGGUAGCACUAGAAGAACUUUUUUUUUUUUUUGCUUGUGGGGCUCUGUGGCAGCAGUAAUAGGCUUGAGAAAGUAGAGCAGGGAAGAAAGAAGGUUAUAGGAAACAAGACAAGGAAUCUUUGCUGAGAGCAUAAUGUGGGGUUGUGGCAGCACAAAAGGAAUUGAAGGUGGGUUGGUUCACAAAAUGGAAGGGAAGUGAACUGCCGAAUGAGGAAGGACAAAUGUGCGUCGAAUGAAAGUGAAAGGUUGGUUUAUGGUCCAAACUAUAGGGGGGAAAGCAUAAUUCACGGCUCUCUUCACAUCCCGCAAUAUGAAGCAACCAAAGCAAAGCAAAACAUCACUAGCAGCCAGCCGGCACAGUAAUUGUUUGGUGAACUUACAUGUCGCCCGGUCCCCGAAUCUGGCGAUGGUGAUUUACAACACUAUUUGUAAGGACAUAUAUGCUUAAACAACGUCUAGAACCGAGCGAUCGGGUAUUGAGCGUCCCGCGCCCCGCCGGAUGAAUGCACGGCAUUUUAUGUACAAAAUUGUCACUAUAUUAUUCAGUGAUUACGAAGCUGUUGACGUCUGAUCGGAUAGUUGUGAUCGUUGUGUGGCACCUUAGUCAAAUUGGCCUAACCCUACUCCGCAACUUUUUUUUUUUAAGAGAUAGAAUAACUUGCAACUGUCUCGUUUUAAAAACACCAAUAAAAGAUAUGAUGAUCGUCCUGAGCAAUAAAGAUAUGAAGACCGGUCGUUUCGUCACACCCUCGGAGUUACAAGCAUUGUUGAGAUCGCGAGGAUGGACAAAAAUUUAGCUAAAUAUGCCUCCUAAAAGAUAUUUCUCUAGAGCAUUUGAAAUUUAUUCUACCGAGCUAUGCUAAGAAGAAGGGGAAAAAAAUCAUAUACGAUCAAACCUCGUCACACUAAUCUCCAACCCAUAGUAAGUCGAAUGAAGUUAUCUCUAGCCUAGACAUAGCGAGAGCUUUACGCGGUCACUCUACCGACGCCCUAACUAGUUAACCAAUCUUGAUCCCGCCGUAAAUUAUACACUAAACCCUACAGGCCGCAAAAAUCCACUGAAGGUAGUCUCAAGGCAAAAGAUUCACCAAUCAUAUAAUCAUCCAAUGUUAUUGAAAGUUGAAACUAACGAAUAACAACCUCAAUCAUAAUCUCCUUCAAUAACAAAACACAGACCAUCCCGAACCGCAAGUAACUCGUAGAGGGCAUAGAGAGUCCCAAGACAAACUCCCAGUUUGUGUGUGUAGCAAGGCAAUACUACAGAGGUCCCAUAAUACAUCACUCAAUGAAACUGUGGGCUCUGGUUUUCUGUUGGUUGGGUCUAGUCAAUGUGACCGUUCCAUGGGCUGCGGGACAGGAUUUGAUGGCUUCCAUUUGCUAUAUUGGCAUUGCAAUAUUGCAUCACUGUUGAUUUCUUUCUUCCUCCAACAUUUAUUUGCCUUCUUUUCUUCCCCUAUGAAUAAUUUCCGUUUCAAAAUGGAAAGUUUCAUUAUUUGUCUAAACGAACUUCUUCAAAUAUUGAAUUUGUCGUUUUCCCCUCAAUUCCUUUGUUGGGUUUUGUCCACAAAGUUGAUGGCAGCAUGAUUGCCUCUCCUCUCUUUUUCCCCCCUUCCAACCCACAAAGUUGAAAAAGAUCAAUAAUGGUGAGAACAUUGGUAAGAAGAAACUAAGUUUGAUUCCUCCUCAAAAUCCCCCACUUAAGAGCUAAUUACAUCAUUGCUAAUUUUCAUGCAUUUGUGGUCACACUUCAUUUCCCCACUUCCAUUACCGGAAUAAUUUAUUUAACUAACUACUUGUCGGUAGAAAUACAAUUUAUUUCAAUUAACUACGACUCUUCAAGUAUCCUUUACUUUAAUUUACUUUUUGUUAAAAGACAAUCUGGCUACUAUGCUAACAGACAUAUUUGUUAGUACAUGCUCACAUGACCCAAAUUUUGUCACACGGCUCGAAGCUGAUCUGGAUGACGGGAAAUGAGGAGUUGGGAAGGGCUUGAGAAGGGGAUAAACCCAUAAGCUCAUCUACGGGAAAGGGAGAGAGAGAAUAGGGUUUUCUGAAGAAGAUCCUCCUCUGUCGAAACUCGUGGUAUAACGAAUUAGGAGUUUCAGUGGAUAAGAAUGCAAGGAACGAAGAGGAGUGUUAAAAUGGAGAAGGCUUGGAGACGAUGAUGAGUAGAGGAUGUGAGUCACUCGUCCAACUGCUUGAGGGGAGUUCGAUUUGCCUUGAAGAUGACAACUUGCUGUUGUCCGAAGAUUUCUCUUAUUUGAAUUAGAGAGACGCGAGCAAAAGAGUGCAGACAAACAAAAGAGAGAAUGAGAAAUAAAUGUGAGCUGCCUCUUUUUGUUUUGAGUUGCGAAUUUUGGGUUGUUGGGAGUCAUAGAGUGAGGAGGAAAGUUGGUUUGGCUUGGCUAAAUGGUUUGAGUUAGCCUCUUUAUCCCCUUCUCAAACCCUUUCCAAGACCUUCAUUUCCAACCAUGCAUUUAGAUAAGCUCCAGACUGUGUGACAAAAUCUAGGUCGUGUGAGCAUGUGCUAAUAAAUAUGUACGUUAGCAUAUUAGUCGAACUGGUUUAAAAGGAGAGAAUUAUAUGCAUGUUGAUAUUUUGCUAUCGUCACCGCAUCAUUGUUUGACACUAAUGUCAACAGUACUAACACCUAACAAAAAAAUGAGUUUAUGCCUAGGGAUGAUUGGACAGAGUUAUGAAUGUAGCGGAGAAAAACGAGUAAUAUGGAUUUUUUUGUUGGAACCAAAUGACUCAUUUCCCCCCCUAUUUGCUAACUAGCUAUUUGACACUAGUUUAUGCCUAGGGUUGAUUUAGUACCAAAUUACUCAUAGAAAAGCCUCAAGCAAAGGGCCCCUAGAUUCCCAAACACCUAGGUCCCUUCGAUCACUAGCUCACACUUGCCCUUCUCCAUAACCCAAUACACUGAAAAAACAAUAGUAGAACCAAAAGGAAGUUAAACUCUCUGUGCAAAAAUUGUAAUGGUCCUCCACUCCCACUUCCACAUGAUUAUGACACUCAUAUGAUCAAUCUUGGUGAAAAGAUGGGGUAAUCAUUGAUCCUUAAUCAAAGUUCAAUGGCUUGUGGUAAUGGUAAAUUGUAGGCAAGGCAACAAAAAAAUCUAGCUCAUAGGCUUCAAGGUAGUGAUUUUUAGGACGAUCUUUUUGUUCUUAGUCAACGAUAGAAGUGAUUUAACUUAUCAUUGCAGACCACAACACAUAUAUUUAAGAAACUCAAUGAAUAUCUAGUAAAUUCACAAUAAUAAAUUAUUCGAAUUUAGAAUUCUUCAUGUGCCUGUAAAGAUAUUGUACUUAGAACGAUAGGAUGCAAUACUUAAAAAUACAUUGUAACAACCCUCUUAUUUUACUAAUGGAAGACCUAAUGAUAAAUGAUGGAAGUGAGUAUAAGGAAGAAGCCUCCUCUUCAAUAAUAGCCUCCUUAGUGAAGGAUCACAAAGUUCCGAGUUGAGCAUGUCAUAUUGUUGAGUAGAAGCCACUAACCUAAAAUUGAUGGUAAUGUCUAUUUUUUAUCCAAAACUUUUUCAAAUUCUUUUAUGUUAUCCAAAUUUAUCGAAAUACUAAGAAUUAGUCAAAUGGUGACUUUCAAUUAGCAAUUUUGUUAGUAAUAUUGACUUGACAACAUGAUACUGAAGACACAUGAAUGUCAACAUUCCAAAAUUUUAGUAUUUUAACUAAGAAAAAAGUUACAAGGCUAAUAUUUUGAUGCAUUACGAAAGAUUUGGCUAAAUAAUAGCAUUUUAAUAGGUUUAAAUAAUAUAAAAGAAUCUGAAAAUGUUUGGAUAAAAAAUAGACAUUACCCUAAAAUUAAUGUUAAGAUCUUAGUUUAAAGUUGGCUGAAACUCAAUGUAACUUGUAUAUAAAUCAACUGUUUUUCGUGGCAGAGUAAAAAAAAUUUACAAUAGAUGUCUCUCUACAUAAUAUAUUACGAAAUAUCUAUGUAAUGCAGUUCAUCUUCUUUUUACAAAUACAAGUUUAAUUUUCAUAAACAACCCAAAAAAAUUAUGUAUUUUGAGAGAAAUGUCAAACAAAUUUAUCGUGCACACUUUGAAAAAAGUCUACUUCACUAUUUCUCUUUUGUGAACUUAUCUUAUAUUUGAAUGUAAACUUAUUCAUGAUGUAACUAAAAUUGUAGCUUCUCUUUCAAUAGAGUCGUUAAAGAUAGUAUAAGUUUCAAAUUUUCUCCAAAGUUUAAGCAUUAUUUAAAUUUGGGGUUUUUAUUUUAAACAUUUAGAUGGUAAUGUCAAUAGUAUUAGCACCUAAUAAAUUUCCCUCAAAGAAACUUGUCACUAGCUUUUCAUAGAUAAACUCGAGCUAUUACCAAAUACUUAUUUUUUAUAUUCUUCUUAUGAAAUCGAAAUUCUUCAAAAAAAAAAACACUUUCGUAAUUUGAUGAAUUUAAAUAUAUUAUAUCUCGGUUUUCGUAGGCAGUCCAAUAACUCAACCCACUAGUUUUUAGCAUUAACGUGGAUGAUAUCAAAUGUACAGCUAGCACUAAUUACGGUCCAUUGUGAUUUGAGGAUCACCAAAAUUUUGUUAGUAAGAGCUUCCCCACUUUGCUAAUUGCAUCAUCAUUUUACCCUUUUGAGGUAUAAUAAUAGGAACACCUUUCA